AUGGGUGGAACUACGUUUCUCAUGGCAGAAGAUUUUCGACAAACUCUUCCUGUUGUCCGAGUAGGCACUAGAGCCGAUGAGGUUAAUGCAUGUAUAAAGCAUUCUUAUGUGUGGCACAGUGUUAUCAAUCGCCAUCUUCAAACAAACAUGAGAGUCCACCUACAUGGUGGUGUGGAGUCUGAGGCUUUCGCAAAACACCUAUUAGAUCUUGGUGAUGGAGUUUUGCCUUUCGUUGAUGAUGAGCAUAUUCGGUUGCCUUUUGGGAAUUUCGUUCCAAAUGUAGAAGAACUUAUAAGAGCCGUUUUACCUGACGGCGAAACCAACUUCCAGGAUCUCGAUUGGCUAAGAGCAAGAGCUAUUCUAUCGCCUCAUAAUACAACAGCUGAUGCUACAAAUAAACAAAUGUAUAUCAAACUAAAGAAUAUAUCACGAGCUUUAAUACGUUUAGAUGUACCGCCAAAUUUUAAAAGGAAUAUAAGUGCACCGCAAGUUUUAGAUGUACCGCCAAAUUUUAAAAGGAAUAUAAGUGCACCGCAAGUGUAA